GCGGUCCGAAUCCAAUUUCAAGAUGGCGGCCGCCAUGGCGGAGCUCCUGCGGCCCCGUUACGGCUGCUGCUGAGCGGGCGUCAGCUUUCCUCGCUCUCGAACCUGGAUUCAGCGAGGGGUUGGGAAGGGCAGUGGACGGCGUUGGGGGGAGGACGGACGAGAACUGUUUGGACUGUUGUUAUUGGACCAAGAAGAAUGACAUCUAUUAUCAAAUUAACCACCCUCUCCGGGGUUCAAGAGGAAUCUGCUCUUUGUUAUCUUCUUCAAGUCGAUGAGUUUAGAUUUUUAUUGGACUGUGGCUGGGAUGAGCACUUUUCUAUGGAUAUUAUCGAUUCCCUGAGGAAGCACGUUCACCAGAUCGACGCGGUGCUGCUGUCUCACCCGGAUCCUCUCCACCUCGGGGCCCUCCCGUACGCGGUCGGGAAGCUGGGUCUGAACUGCGCCAUCUAUGCGACCAUUCCUGUUUAUAAAAUGGGACAGAUGUUCAUGUAUGAUCUUUACCAGUCUCGACAUAAUACAGAAGAUUUCACUCUGUUCACGUUAGAUGACGUGGAUGCAGCUUUUGAUAAAAUACAGCAGUUGAAAUUCUCUCAGAUUGUGAAUUUGAAAGGAAAAGGACAUGGCUUGUCUAUCACGCCUCUGCCGGCUGGUCAUAUGAUAGGUGGGACCAUAUGGAAAAUAGUCAAAGAUGGAGAAGAAGAAAUUGUUUAUGCAGUUGACUUCAACCACAAGAGGGAGAUCCACUUAAAUGGAUGUUCCCUGGAAAUGCUAAGCAGACCCUCCUUACUUAUCACAGAUUCAUUUAAUGCUACAUAUGUGCAGCCGAGGAGAAAACAGAGAGAUGAGCAACUUCUGACAAAUGUUCUGGAGACACUUCGCGGGGAUGGCAACGUGUUGAUAGCAGUGGACACUGCAGGCAGAGUUCUGGAACUUGCGCAGCUCCUCGACCAGAUCUGGCGAACUAAAGAUGCAGGACUGGGUGUCUACUCCCUGGCACUCCUGAACAACGUCAGCUACAAUGUGGUGGAGUUUUCCAAGUCCCAGGUAGAAUGGAUGAGUGACAAAUUGAUGAGAUGUUUUGAAGACAAAAGAAAUAAUCCUUUCCAGUUCCGCCAUCUCUCUUUAUGUCAUGGUCUUUCUGACUUGGCUCGAGUACCCAGUCCUAAAGUGGUGCUUGCCAGCCAGCCCGACCUGGAAUGUGGAUUUUCAAGGGAUCUCUUUAUUCAGUGGUGUGAGGACCCUAAAAACUCCAUCAUUCUAACUUACAGAACUACUCCUGGGACUUUAGCACGUUUCUUAAUUGAUAAUCCUGCUGAAAAAGUUACAGAAAUAGAGUUGAGGAAACGGGUAAAGCUUGAAGGGAAAGAACUUGAAGAAUACUUGGAAAGAGAGAAGCUAAAGAAAGAAGCUGCUAAAAAACUUGAGCAGUCCAAAGAGGCCGAUAUAGAUUCCAGCGAUGAGAGUGACGUUGAGGAAGACAUUGACCAGCCUUCGGCUCAUAAGACUAAGCACGACCUGAUGAUGAAAGGUGAAGGCAGUCGGAAAGGGAGUUUCUUCAAACAGGCUAAAAAGUCUUAUCCCAUGUUUCCUGCCCCAGAAGAGAGAAUUAAAUGGGAUGAAUAUGGAGAAAUUAUCAAACCAGAGGAUUUCUUGGUGCCAGAACUUCAAGCCACUGAAGAAGAAAAAAGCAAAUUAGAAUCUGGCUUGACAAAUGGAGAUGAACCCAUGGAUCAGGAUUUAUCUGAUGUUCCUACCAAGUGUAUUUCUAUGACAGAAUCUAUUGAAAUAAAAGCCAGGGUUACUUACAUAGACUAUGAAGGACGCUCUGAUGGGGAUUCCAUUAAAAAGAUCAUUAAUCAGAUGAAACCCCGACAGCUGAUCAUUGUCCACGGGCCUCCAGAGGCCAGUCAGGAUCUGGCCGAGUGCUGCCGUGCGUUCGGGGGGAAAGACAUUAAAGUGUACAUGCCGAAGCUGCACGAGACCGUGGACGCCACCAGCGAGACCCACAUCUACCAGGUGAGAUUAAAAGACUCACUUGUUAGCUCCCUUCAGUUUUGUAAGGCAAAAGAUGCUGAACUGGCUUGGAUAGAUGGUGUCUUAGACAUGAGAGUUUCCAAAGUGGACACAGGAGUUAUUUUAGAAGAAGGAGAACUGAAGGAUGAUGGAGAGGACUCAGAAAUGCAAGUGGACCCACCUUCAGAUUCUAGCGUUAUCGCCCAACAAAAGGCCAUGAAAAGUCUGUUUGGAGAUGAUGAGAAAGAAACAGGUGAAGAAAGUGAGAUCAUUCCUACUUUGGAACCCUUGCCACCUAAUGAGGUUCCUGGACACCAGUCAGUCUUCAUGAACGAACCAAGACUGUCCGACUUCAAACAAGUUCUCUUACGGGAGGGGAUCCAAGCUGAAUUUGUAGGAGGUGUCCUUGUUUGCAACAAUCAAGUAGCAGUUCGUAGAACGGAAACUGGACGCAUCGGAUUAGAAGGCUGCCUUUGUCAAGAUUUUUAUAGGAUAAGAGACCUUUUAUAUGAACAGUAUGCCAUUGUGUAAAGGACAGCAUGUCAAGAAGUAUCUGUUUGACCUUUAUAAGAAAAAAAGGAUUCUUAUUCUAAGCUUUUGCGCUUUUUCUUGUAAUAUACAAAAAGAAUCUAUCAGAAAAACUAAGCGUGCAUUAGAUUUUUUACAAUGUAAAUAUUUUGCAAUGCUCUAAUAAGCAUUCUACCUUUUGGCUUUGAAUGGGAGGGACCUGUGUGCAGGCCUGAGAGGUGAAGGUACUUGCUUUCCUUCACAGAAUCUAACUCUUGAAGGGCUCUUUACUUGAAUAAAACAAUGCAACUUAGCAAACCAGUUCAUGGCCUUAGAGAAACAUAUUUGCAUGAAUUCGUGCAAACUGUUUCUUACAUUUUCUGGAAUGCAAACUGAGAAUUAUUUAGAAAAGAUGUGCUAUUAGAAAAAAACUGAUAAAAGUUUUUUGAGGCCUACCUAGUUAAAAAAAACAAAAAAGGUAGAGUAUGGGCCGUAACUGUUCUCUCGAAUUAUAAUCUGCAGUCGUAUCACAUGCAGCAUAUCUCCUCCAUGGCUGUAUUUCUCAGAUCCACUAGCGUGAGGUUGGACACAUUUGGUUCAGAAAUCAAUUUUUAUUUCUUCCAUUUCUUGUUUUACCAAGAUUUUGUUGUUGUUCAGUUUGAAUUAUAACACCAUCAUCUGAAUACACAUAAUUCAACAGAAUUCCUCGAUGUGUUACCGUCUUAAGCGUUCUGUGUACAUGUUAGACACAGCUUAACUACCAGCUAGAUGACUGUGUUAGAAACUGUUUAGUGCUCUGUUUUCAAGGAAAUAAAUUCGAACCUCACAUUUCGAUAAGAUAAUAGUAUCACUGAUUUACAAGCUGUAAACGUUUUCAUCUUUUAGGCUUGCUUUCUCCCAAGUUUGCCUAAGCAGUGGUUAGAUUUUAUAUACAAUGCGACAAAUAUAAUGUAACUGGAGACAGUCAUCCUUUCUGUCCUCACAUCUUGGCAGCCCUGAUAAUAGCAUACACCACCUGUGUUUAAGAAUAAAAAGGGAAUAUAUGCAAUUUCCAUUGAACUUAAAAAUGAAAAUCAUGUCGCCCUAUUGUAAUCUGUCGAUGCCUUUUUAGCAUGUAGCUUGAUCGUGGCAGGUCUUUAUGCUUAUUUUGUAAGUAUUUAAGCUCUCCUCUUUAUACUCAGUAUUUUUAGAAGGAUCAGUCUUAUUUAACUAUGUAUAGUUCCAUAUAAGUGAAAUCAGACUAGAAUUCAUUUCAUUCUAUUGCAAAUGCGUACAGAGCUUUUCUUGUGGAUUAUACUUUUACUGCCUUCUGAUACUGAAAACCAGAUACGUACAACAAUGUGACAGAAGAUGAAGAGUAUGUUUUCUUUGCGGAGCUUUGAAAAAAAUUCACUUAAACUCUUAUUCCUGAAUAGAGUAAGCCUAAAAUUCUAUUUAUUUUUGGAGGGUGGGGUGGGGUGGGGUGAGGUGGGGGGAAUGUCUGCAUUUGUUUCAUGGCCUAAUGAUUGGGUUAUACAUAUUACAUUGUAUUACUGAUAUUGAAAAUUUGUUUUUUGCCUAAUCUUUAAAAAAUUUUUUUGAAUUUUUUUUAUUGAUUUUAGAGAGAGGCAGGGAGAAGGAGAAAGAAAGAGAGAGACAUCAAUGUGAGAGAGAAACAUUGAUCUGUUGCCUCCCAUGUGCACCCUGAGUGAGGACUGAACCUGAAACCUGGGUACGUGUCCUGACCGGGAAUUGAACUGGCAACUUCUUGGUGCAUGGGAUACUCAACCAACUGAGCCACACCAGCAGGGCUUGCCUAACCUUUUUAUUGUCCCAUGAACAGGAAUGACAAUUUAAAGUACUGCUUGAAGAUCAACUGAUGUCAUUGCAGGAGCAGUAUUUUUACCUGUUUCUAGAUGACAAUAUUACUAAAAUUUUUAGAAGGAAGACAUUUGUUUAACUUCAUUUACUUAAGAAAAACACAAAUUUUAAAAAGGACUAUGACAUAAAUCAUGAACUCAGAGGAAUUUUUAGAUCUUUACUGUUUAGAGGCAAAAUAAAUACAAGUAGACCAUCAGGUUAAAAAUAAAUUUUGUAGUAUUUUGUUACAGUGGGAUUAUAAAUGUCAAAUAUCAUUGCAAACUUAAAUAUUUCUAUGAACCAGUAGGUGGUCUCAAACAAAAGCAAGGAAAUCAAUUUUCUAAGGGCCAUUUGCCUUUUAUUAAAAAUUUGAGAUAUGAUUCACAUACCAUACAGUUCACUCCUCUAAAAGAUAUAUUUCAUUGGUUUUUUUAGUAUAUUUACAGCAUUGUGCAACCAUUACCACUAUCUAAUUCCAGAAUAUUUUCAUCACCCCCCCAAAAAUACUUCAUACCCAUUAGCAGUCAGUUGCCAUUCUCCCUUUUCCCCAACCCCAGGCAACCAUUAAUUUAUUUUGUCUCUUAUGAAUGUCCCUGUUUUGGAUGUUUU